UGCGUUAUGCUGAAACGACAUAGAAGAGGUGGCGAGAGACUCGCGCAGGAGGAACAACUUUCUCUCGUGUGCUUUAGAUGGAUAUACGGUGUAUUAUGCUUGCUUGAACGGAUCUAAAGUUGUGUGGCUCUCUACGCCGGGAGUGGGAUUUGAUUUCGUCUACUCAAAAAGUCGUUCUUAAUUUUUGUCUACCAAAGGGUUUACUUCAAAUCUGUUGAAGAACUGUUACUGUCAUCGUUAAAACAGACAUAAGUACGAAAAGUGAACGCUUUUUUCGUGACAACCAUGUCUAUGCUUCCCACAUUCGGCUUUACGCAAGAGCAAGUGGCGUGCGUCUGCGAGGUCCUUCAGCAGGGUGGAAACAUUGAACGUCUCGGGCGCUUCUUGUGGUCUCUGCCGGCUUGCGAACAUCUCCACAAGAACGAGAGUGUGCUCAAAGCAAAAGCAGUGGUCGCUUUUCAUAGGGGAAAUUUCAGAGAGCUUUAUAAGAUUCUGGAGAGCCACCAGUUCUCUCCGCACAACCAUCCGAAGCUGCAGCAGCUGUGGCUCAAAGCGCAUUAUGUCGAGGCUGAGAAGCUCCGGGGCCGCCCUCUUGGGGCUGUUGGGAAGUACCGCGUCCGAAGAAAGUUUCCGCUACCCCGCUCCAUUUGGGACGGCGAGGAGACAAGUUACUGCUUUAAAGAAAAGAGCAGGAGCGUGCUGCGGGAAUGGUACACCCAUAACCCGUACCCUUCCCCGCGGGAGAAGAGGGAACUAGCAGAGGCAACGGGGCUAACGACAACACAAGUCAGUAACUGGUUUAAAAACAGACGUCAACGCGACCGAGCAGCGGAGGCCAAGGAAAGGGAGAACAAUGAGAACUCGAACACAAACAGUCACAACCCGUUAACGUCUUCCAUGAAUGGAAAUAAGACUAUUUUAGGAAGCUCGGACGACGACAAAACGCCGUCUGGUACCCCAGAUCACACCUCGUCAAGCCCGGCCUUGCUCCUCACGUCAAACCCCGGGCUUCCGUCCCUCCACGGCCUCGCACCUCCACCCGGUCCCAGCGCCAUCCCAGUGCCUAGUGCAGAUUCCGUGCAUCACCACCACUCAUUACACGACACUAUACUGAACCCUAUGUCAUCAAACUUGGUCGACCUCGGCUCUUAAACAUGUGGACCCUUUCCAAAGGACGCUUGUACAUGAACGUUUAGAGUAAACCUCUCCAGACACGUAUAAAACACAAGUAAAUGAGACAUGGAACGGACAAAGAGAGUUGUGGAUGUUUGUCGGCUGAUCUACUCGCAAAGCUGAUAUGGAGGGCCUUGAUAGAGGUAUUUUUCUAGAAUGUAAUGCCAUGAUCUAUUGUUAAUAAACAUGCUAAUAAACGUCUUAAUUGUGGAUAUCAA